UGGUUGAAUCCACGAAUGCAACUCCUUAGGAAACAUUUGGACAGUCCGCCGCCUGUCCAAUUUCGUACGGUGGCAUCCAGGUUGGGGAGAGACGGCUGGAACCAAGAACGAACUGGAGGCAAUAUUGGUUUAACUGAAGUGAGGGAGGGAAAGAGAGAUGGCGGCAAAGAUCUUGGUAGUGUCGCCCUUUAUAGGGAUUGCGAUUUCAGUCAUUCUUGUCGCUCUCUUCGUCAGAUUUCCCUUCAGGUUUCAGCCUCAACAGAGAUUGUUUACUGUUGAAGAACUGGCUCUGCACAACGGCACUGAUGAUAACUUACCCAUUCUUUUAGGAAUUCUCGGAGCCGUGUUUGAUGUGACAAAAGGAAAAUCACAUUACGGCAGGGAAGGAGGUUACAAUCAUUUUGCUGGAAGGGAUGCCUCUCGUGCAUUUGUUUCUGGAAACUUUACAGGAGAUGGGCUGACUGAUUCAUUGCGUGGUUUAUCUAGUACUCAGGUGAAGAGCAUUGUUGAAUGGCGGGAGUUCUACUUCAGAAGUUACACGUACAUCAAGGUCAGUAGAUUGAUCAACUGGAAGUGUAGUAGAAGGAUUACCUGGGAUUUCCAAAUGACCAGUUUUUUGAGAUUUGUUGGUAAGCUGGUGGGUCAUUACUAUGAUAGUGAAGGCAAUCCGACAAAAUAUUUGAAAGGAGUUGAAGCAAAGGCUGCUAGAGGCACACAACUUUUGGAGAAACAGAAGGAAGAAGAAGCUAAAAUACCCAGUUGCAGUUCAAGGUGGAGUCAGGAAGAGGGGGGAGAGGUUUGGUGCGAUACUGGCUACCCAAGGUUAGUUCAGAGACCUCUCGAUAUUGCUUUGACUGGGAAAGUGAGUAAACGGUGUGCUUGCUUUAAAGAAGAAGAACUAGACCAGUCAGGGUUUGAAGUCUAUGAAGGAUGUGAUUUUCUUGCUAAUCGUUGUCGGGUUUAAAUAAUAGUAGUUUUGUAAUUAAACACAUCAGACAAUGACGGGGGAAAAUAACAGAAAUAUUUGUAUUAAUUUGAUUUCCCCAACCCUAGAAGGUUGGAGGUGGUGUUGGUUGGGGGGGAAGUCUAUCUCAUACAUUGAAUUUAAUUUGGAUAUAUAUUACAAUAUUUAUAUUUUCUUCAAAAA